AGGAGGAGGUGAUGGAGGUGGAGGAGGUGUCGCCGCACAUCCCUCGGGGAGAUUUCAAGACCACACGUUUCUCAGCUGCUCUGCGUUGAACCUAUCUCUUCUCUCUGACAUUGUAGAGACAUGGGAGAACGUUUAAAAACAAUAAGUAUUUUCAAGUGAAAUAUUUAAGCGUCUGCCUUUGCGCCUCCUCCUCUUCCUCCACCUUCAUCAGCAUUCAUAUGGUUUGGCCUGUCGUUAACAUCCCACACCUCGUUUCUUUUAAUGUCAAAACUGUUCACAAGCUUCAGCGCAUACGUUUUAGCUCAGAGUCUGAGAGACGAUGAUCAGUGUGGUCACUCUGCGGCUCGGACGCAUUAAAAGGCCAAAAUGAAUUCUCACCAGUUGAGUCAGAGCUGCUCUUCAAAGCCGGACGUGUGGCCUUUAAUUAAAUCCGAUUAUUACACGUCUCAAGCGAAAACAAGCAACAACAUUUUGUUCCAGUACGUGUUUGGACCAACGUUGUCACAGAUGCUAUUUUCGUCCCAGUGGAUUCUCUAAGAUCUUCACUGGAUCGUUGAUGAGCUACAAAUGAUUAUUUAUCAUCACCGUGAGAGGACGAGCUUGGACGUCUUCAUCGCUUUCCCCAGUGGGACUCAGCAUCUGCAUCACUCAGGCAGGAAAACAAGACUCAAAAUGAUUAAUAAUGAGGCCGCUGAGCUCUGGGACACAAUCGGAGCCUUUAAAGGGAAAUAUUAAGACUUUAAUCUUCAGAAGUUAAGGAGGUUCUAAGUUGAAUAUGGGCUGUGAUCGAUGAUGGCAGUGAAGCUGAGGUUGUGUUAUCUUCGCUCGUUCGUGAGGAACCACAGAUCCUCCACUGCAUCGGCCUUCGAGAACAAGCCGAGCACAUUUCAAAGAGCCUCCAGGGACUCUUUGAAAGUGAGAACUCUGUUUCUGUUCAGCUCCCAACAGUUAAUACUGUUGAGUUGUGUGGGCGCCAAACCGCUGCAGGGGGCUUCACACAAGAAUGAGCCGGAGGCCUCGGAGGCAGCGAUGACGGAACCGAGAGCAGACGUACGAUCGCUGGCGGAGGACGUGGAACAUUCUCUUGUUUGAGCUUCCUCCUUUCCUCCCUCUGUUUCUCAGGCGGGUUCCGGCAUCAUGAGCGACCGCUUCGACUGCAAGAACUGCAACGAGUCCCUGUACGGACGCAAGUACAUCCAGGUGGAGGAGCAGCCGCACUGCGUGCCCUGCUACGACCGCCUGUUCGCCAACACCUGCCAGGAGUGUAAGGAGGUCAUCAGCCACAACGCCAAGGAGCUCUUCUACGAGAACCGGCACUACCACGAGCACUGCUUCCGCUGCCGCCGCUGCGAGCGCUCGCUGGCCGACGAGCCCUUCACGCGCCAGGAGGACGCGCUGGUGUGCAGCGACUGCUACUGCAGCGAGUUCUCCUCCAAGUGCGCGGCCUGCGACAGGACCGUCAAGCCAGGCUCCAGGAUGCUGCAGUACGCCGGCGCCGCGUGGCACGAGGACUGCUUCGUGUGUCACGGCUGCGAGAAGUCCAUCGGCGCCGCCGCCUUCAUCCCCAACGCCGGCCAGUACUACUGCGUGCCGUGCUACCAGGGCCUGUUCGCGCCCCAGUGCAGCCACUGCAAGAAGCCGCUGACGAAAGGGGGCGUGACCUACAAGGACGAGGUGUGGCACAAAGACUGCUUCCUGUGCACCAGCUGCAAGAGCCCGCUGGCCGGACAGCCCUUCACCUCGCAGGGGGACGACCCGUACUGCGUCAAGUGCUUCAGCAGCCUGUACGCCAUCAAGUGUGCGGGCUGCAACACGGCCAUCACAGGGUUCGGCGACGGAAAGUACGUCUCCUUCGAGGAGCGGCAGUGGCACCAGCCGUGCUUCAAGUGCUCGCGCUGCUCCGUGUCGCUGGUGGGCUCCGGCUUCUUCCCCGACCGCGACCAGAUCCUGUGCACGGACUGCAACAGCGACGACUGAGCCCAACGCGCCCCGGCUCCGCGCGCUGCGCUCAUGCACGACGGCAAAGCGCUCGCACCUCGGCCUUUAGCA